CCACCAAUGGGCGGUGGCUGCGCGUGGCGCGGCGCCGCGUGCGUCACGGUGACGGCGCGCGAAGGGCGCAGAGCUCGGCGCCGGGAGGACGUCCGGCCUCUGUGAGCCGCAGUCCUUCGCCGCAGGAGGAGCUGGUUUCGCCAUCUUGGGGCGAGGAUGUUCUCCAGCGUGGCCCAGCUGGCGCGGGCCAACCCCUUCCACGCGCCGGCCCUGCAGCCCGACCGCCCCGCCGCCCGCCCCCGGGGCCUGGCCGCCGCCGCCGUGGAAGAGCGCUACAGCUGCGACUACGGGUCUGGCAGGUUCUUUGUCCUGUGCGGCGUGGGCGGCGUCAUUAGCUGCGGCACCACGCACACGGCGCUGGUCCCCCUGGACCUGGUAAAGUGCCGGAUGCAGGUGGACCCCCAGAAGUACAAGGGCAUAUUUAACGGCUUCUCCGUUACCCUUAAAGAAGACGGCGUGCGGGGCCUGGCCAAAGGGUGGGCUCCUACCUUCAUCGGCUACUCGAUGCAGGGGCUCUGCAAGUUUGGCUUUUACGAAGUCUUCAAAGUCUUGUACAGCAACAUACUGGGAGAGGAGAACAGCUACCUCUGGCGCACGUCGCUGUACCUGGCUUCCUCCGCCAGCGCCGAGUUCUUUGCUGACAUUGCGCUGGCUCCCAUGGAAGCCGCUAAGGUCCGGAUUCAAACCCAGCCAGGUUACGCCAACACUCUGAGGGACGCGGCUCCCAAAAUGUACAAGGAAGAAGGCCUCUUCGCGUUCUACAAGGGCGUCGCUCCUCUCUGGAUGAGACAGAUCCCGUACACCAUGAUGAAGUUCGCCUGCUUCGAGCGCACCGUGGAGGCGCUGUACAAGUUUGUGGUGCCCAAGCCCAGGAGCGAGUGCAGCAAGGCGGAGCAGCUGGUGGUGACCUUCGUGGCCGGCUACAUAGCCGGAGUCUUCUGUGCAAUCGUUUCUCACCCUGCUGAUUCCGUGGUGUCCGUGUUGAAUAAAGAGAAGGGUAGCAGUGCUUCUCAGGUCCUUCAGAGACUUGGCUUCAGAGGCGUGUGGAAGGGACUCUUUGCCCGAAUCAUCAUGAUUGGCACCCUGACUGCCCUCCAGUGGUUCAUCUAUGACUCCGUGAAGGUCUACUUCAGGCUUCCUCGCCCUCCUCCCCCUGAGAUGCCAGAGUCCUUGAAGAAGAAGCUCGGGUUAACUCAGUAGACGCAUCACAGCAACUGGACUGAAUCUGUGUUGAUCAGUGUUGACAGUGCAGGAGAAACUUUUCUAUCUCUUGACAGUGUAGGGAAUCGUCUUUUCUGAGAAAUCACUGUAGCGCUCACGCCUUGAGCAAGAGUUCAAAAUUAACUAUUGAAAUAAAUCGCACUGCUCGGGAA